UUGAAGCUAUCAAUGCAGGCUUGUGUGUCAUGAGUUUCGCCUGGGGUUCCGUCUUUAAAUGUCAUAAUGCGGCGAUACAUUCGUGCACUGCUUAUGUGCACAGUGUUUGCCGUGUUUUCUGCAUUGUACGUUUAUAGUAAGCUGUUCGAAACGGACUUGUCGCCUGGGAAAAACGAAGCGAGGAGGAUUUACGUCCCCCCGAGAAUCCCGGGACUCAGGGAGGGGGACCCGGACCAAACAGCGCGACAAAGCUCACACCGACACAACAGGUACAUCAUGCGUCAGCGGGGGCAGCUGGAAGCCGGCGCCCGGAGCAGACCCCCCAUGCACUUGGCUGUGGUGGCCUGCGGCGAGCGCCUGGAGGAGACUCUCAAUAUGUUUAAGUCGGCCGUGCUUUUUAGCGUCAACCAACUCCAGCUGCACAUUUUUGCCGAGGAUCAGCUGCACGCCGGCUUCACGGAAGCUGUGAGUAAUGAAUACAGGGUUGGGUUUUGCAUGCUUAUUAACCAAACGCUGUUUCUUGCAUUGCAGCUGGAAUCCUGGCCGGCUUUUAUACACUCCAGGUUUAACUACACAGUCUACCCCAUCAGCUUCCCCAGCGAGAAUGCAGCCGAGUGGAAAAAACUCUUCAAACCCUGUGCUUCACAACGACUUUUUCUACCUAUCAUCCUGAAGGACGUUGACUCCCUAGUCUACGUGGACUCGGACAUCCUCUUCCUGCAGCCCGUGGACCGCUUGUGGGCCUUUCUGUCCCAGUUCGAUGCGUUGCAGCUCGCCGCCAUGGCCCCGGAGCACGAAGAGCCCCGCAUCGCUUGGUACAACCGCUUCGCCCGGCACCCCUAUUACGGGAAAACGGGCAUCAACUCGGGGGUGAUGCUCAUGAACCUCACAAGGAUGAGGAAUGUGUUUUUUAAAAAUGAUAUGACAUCGGUGGGGCUCCGAUGGGAGGAGCUUCUGAUGCCUCUACUUCAAAAAUACAAACUUAACAUAACAUGGGGAGACCAGGAUCUGCUUAAUAUCAUUUUCCACUAUAAUCCUGAGUUCUUGCUGGAGUAUUCAUGCCAGUGGAACUACAGGCCAGACCACUGCAUCUACGGCAGCAACUGUGCCGCAGCCGAGGAGGCCGGCAUCUACAUACUGCACGGAAACAGAGGUGUAUAUCACGACCACAAGCAACCCGCCUUCAGAUCGGUCUACGACGCCAUACGGAAGAAAAGAAGAGAUGAGUGCAGGCUGAAAGGGUGGAUGGAGUGUCUGCGAUGGCGGAGGAGAAGAAGGUCUGUCACCGCCGAUGCUGCAAUUAUCUUGUUGUUUCUUUUAGAUGGGCUACUCUGUGUAUUGUUGUUUCUUUUAGAUGGGCUACUCUGUGUAUUGUUGUUUCUUUUAGAUGGGCUACUCUGUCAAACAUUUGCGCCACAAAAUGGCUCUGUAGCAAUAUUGUGGGUCCUUCUUCCACGGUUUUAUGAUGUCACUUUACUCCGAACAUGCGUACAGUUACAAUAUGGUACAUCGCAGAAUUACAGUUGUUUCAUUACAGCACGCCCGAAAAGGAGUAGGAAGAAGCCUAGCUUAUCUGUCAUACCAAAGACUAUACAAAUGGGAGCCAUUACCUCCCUGCUUGGCACUCAGCAUCAAGGGUUGGAAUUGGGGGGUUAAAUCACCAAAAAUGAUUCCCGGGCGCGGCCACCGCUGCUGCUCACUGCUCCCCUCACCUCCUAGGGGGGUGAUCAAGGGUGAUGGGUCAAAUGCAGAGGAUAAUUUGGCCACACCUAGAGUGUGUGUGUGACAAUCAUUGGUACUUUAACUUAAACUUAAUCCUACCCUUUUUCGUAUCAUAGCAAUUACAUGUUACUACUCAACAAUGAAUCAAUAAAUACAUCCGUAAACAAAUAGAUAAAUGAGUAUAAAUAACUAUAAAUAAAGUGCUCAUUAAUAAAUAAUUUAUGUUCACAUUAUGGGAUGAAUAAGAUUAUUUCUUUUUUAAGGUUCAAGAUGUUUAUCAGGAUUCUCCCAAAAUUCUGCGCCAUUUUUUUUACCCGAUUCGGACCUUUCAAAUUUAUGAAAUUUAGUUCAGUUUCAGUUUAUUUGGAACAUGCAAACAAUGCAAUGCAGCACACAAUUCCAGUUGUUUCAUUACAGCACGUCCGAAAAGGAGUAGGAAGAAGCUGAGCUUAUCUAAUCCUACCCCUUUUCAUAUCAUAGCAAUUACAUGUUACUACUCAACAAUGAAUCAAUAAAUAAAUCCGUAAACAAAUAGAUAAAUGAGUAUAAAUAACUAUAAAUAAAGCGCUCAAUAAAAUAUUUAUGUUCACAUUUUGGGAUGGAUAAGAUUAUGUUUUUUUAAUAAGGUUUGAGAUGUUUAUCAGGAUUCUCCCAAAAUUUUGCACCAUUUUUUUACCCGAUUCAUAUCGUUGAAAUUUAUGAAAUUCAGUUCAGUUUCAGUUUAUUUGGAACAUGCAUACGAUACAAUACAAUUCAUCACACAAUUCCAGUUGUUUCAUUACAGCACGUCCGAAAAGGAGUAAGAGGAAGCAGAGUUUAUUUAAUCCUACCCCUUUUCAUAUCAUAGCAAUUAUCAUUCUGUAACACAACAAUGAAUCAAUAAAUAAAUCAGUAAAUAGAUAAAUGAGUAUAAAUAACUAUAAAUAAAGCGCUCAUUAAUACAAUAUUUAUGCUCACAUUAUGGGAUGGAUAAAAUGAUAAA